CCUCUCUCAGUUCGUUCAAAUUUUAAAACGACGCAAAAACUCUCUUCCCACCCUUAUACGAUCGAUUAAAAUUAAAACCUUCGAAGAAAGAUAGGGUUUCAUUAUUGACACUGAAAACAAGAUCGAAAAUUGAACCUAUAACAUGAUAUGAUAUUUGAACAGUUAAAUCGUCAAAUUCUUAGCAUUUGCACAUCCGUGUCUAGAGCCAUGGGCUGUCUUUUUGGUUGCUUUCGCAUUAAAGACGAUCGUUCUCGUAUCCCUCAUUCUACCAUCCCUACAUACACUAAGGCAGUGGUUUCGAAGAAUCGUUUGUCCGCUCUAUUUUUAUCCGAAGAGAAAGAAGAUUCACGGAAUCAGGGAUAUCAGCGUGUUGGAUCUCCCCAUAUAGAGAAGGGGCUAACGGAUGAGGCCAAGUUUCUUAAAGCUUGUGGUACUUUACCUGAGACUCCAGCUGAAAUCAGGAAAGCAUCAGAGAAAUUUAGAGGUUCAGCUUCUCAUGAUAAAGAUUCAGAACCCUCAAAGUUCCAUUCAUGGCUUCCUAAUACAUCCAUCAAGACACUUCAGCUGGACAGACAAUCUGAUCAGCGCCCUAUUCCCACAAAACUUUUUGAAGGGUGGGGAAUGGAAUCAGCUUCUUCACCAAGCAGCUGUAUAUCAGAUGUACAAAACUCCGAUAGGAUCUCUAUCAUCUCUAAUGAAGGAAGUGGUGCAGGAAGUGCUAGUUUGGCAGAGAGGGCACAUGCCACUCAGAAUGAAAACAUUACAACAUCUCUUUCACCCUGGGUUUCAGGCACAAAUGUCCAGGACAAUAACAAAUCUGUUCGUUUUGAAUGUGAUAUUGACGUAUCUUCCUCUAAAGGGUCUUCGUCUGGGUAUUUUAGCCAAAAUUCCAAACAUGAAUCUACAGGCAAUGAGAGUGUGUCAAAGCCUUCACCAAAUCCAACCCCAUUAAAGGUGUCUGAUGAUAUGCAAACACCUGGGACUGUAUUUCCUACAAGUCUUAAAAGUUUAGCUAAUGGGAAGGCUCGGAUCCGUUCUCAGUACGUAUACUCAGUUUCAAACCCAGUGGAGAAUGCUUCUCAGUGGAAGGCACUGAAGACAGCUGAUUCUGACUCUCAUCAACUAUCAGGUCAGUUGAGAGAAUCGCUUGAACAGUCGGAAGAUUUUACCCCUAUCCCAAACCAGGGGACACAAGAAACUUCUAUAGGCAUAGAGUUGAAGGUGGAAGCAAGCUUGUCUGCUUGGCUGAAGCCACCCUCAUCCUCUCUUAAAAAGGACAAUAAAAAUCUUGGAGUCGCCAUUCAAAACCGUUAUUUUCGUGGAACACCAUCGGAUAGGCCUAUCAUUGGGAUGGUUGCUGCUCACUGGAAUGAGGAGACUCCUCAAGUUCAGCCAAGGUGGUGGGAUGGAAAUGGCAUUCCAAAUUCAACUAAUAAAUACAAGGAGGAUCAGAAAGUUAGUUGGCAUGCAACACCAUUUGAGGAGAGGUUAGAAAAGGCGUUGUCUGAAGAGAGUUUCAUCUCUCAAAGAAAGAAUAUAAAUCAGAGACCGACGGUUUUGGAUGAGAACGAAGAAAGUGAUACUGCUCUUUCACAGUUGCGGCCAUCCCCACUUUCCAAGUCGGCUGUUUCAUACUGAUUUCCUUUUUUUUCCAUUUCCAAUGUCCCGCUCGAGUUUGGCAUUGAUCUGUCAAUACAAAAGAGUUUUGUGAACCGAGCUGUUUCUGGAUAUACUACUUGUAGGCAUCCUGAUGCGAUGUACAUCGGGAAUAGUACAUAUCAGCCAACGCUGCUGUUACGACUGGCUUGUUUUUGAAGGCUGAAAUUGAAUGAAUAUGAACUGUGAUAAGCUCAAGAUUAAAUGAGCAUUGCUCAUUCUAUCAUUUUAA